AUAUGUUGUAAUUUUAAAAUAGGUCUUUGGUUUUUAUGUUCUACUGAAUUCGGGUUUUUCAGUUUAAAAUCCCAAGGAAUUUAUUUAGUAUUUCAUCCUUUAGAAGAACUUAAGAAAUGGUAACUUUUUGUAAAAAUCGGGCCUUCUUCCUAUGCUUUCUUUUUCUCUUUCUUUGUGCAAUGCUGAGGAUUGAACUCAGGACCUUGCCAAUGGUAGGCAAAGGCACUAUUGAAAGCAUGUUCAUCUCCAGUUUCUCAGAUGCUUUUUCAUUUCUUGUAACAAAGGCAUAGACAGGUUUAUUUAGGAAGAUAGAUAACACAUUCAAGGGAGAAUGUGUGCUGUCUCCAGAGUAAGCAGCCUCUCCUAUGCUUUUUAGAACAAUAUUAGUAUUUCUUGUUAAAACUGACUAUGCUAUUUUUUAAAAGAUAAUCUUAUCACACCCACAGGCCCCAUGAGAAUUGACUUUUCUGUGGGUCCCAUAGCAUUCUGUGCUUCAUUCUGUGCUUUUCUCUAUUAUAACUCCAGUCACACUACUAAUUAAUUUAUUACUUAUUUUUAAAAUCUUGAACCAAAUGAUAAACAUUCUGAGGAUCAGGUUCUGCCUUCUCUGAGGCAGUAAGGGUUCAGAGCAAGUAUUUAGAGGAAUUCUGCAUAAAUUUAAAUCUCGGCUCUUAUUACUCAAUAACUAUAGGACCUUAUUUAAGUUAACUAACUUGCUUAAGCCUCAUCUUUCUCUUAAGAGUGUUAUAUAAAUAGUUACACUUCCUAUUGUUGUUGCCAGGAUGGAAUGAAAUGUGUAAAAUGUUUAGCCCUGGCUAGUGCAUUCCAGGGAUGUAGUGCAACUCUCAGUGUUUGAAUUAAGACACAAGAUAGCAGAAAUGGAAGCCAAACCCAAUACUGACAAUGAAGGCAGUGAAUGGAAAACCCGUUAUGAGACACAACUAGAAAUGAAUGAUCAACUAGAAAAGCAAAUUGCAUCUCUUAAAGAGAAAAUGGAAAAAUUCCGUGGGAAUCCCUCAGACAGUCUAUCUUCUAUUCGUGUCUAUGAACGAAUGCCUGUGGAAUCCUUAAAUAUAUUACUUAAACAACUAGAAAAAGAAAAAAGAAGUCUUGAAAAUCAAGUGAAAGACUAUGCACUUAAACUGGAACAAGAAUCAAAGGCUUACCACAAGAUCAACAGUGAACGCUGUAAAUACAUAUCUGAAAUGUCUCAGGUCUCUGGCGCACAUCAAGUUUCUAAAAGGCAACAGAUGGAUCAACUGCCUAGAAUGAAAGAGAAUCUAGUGAAAACGGGGAGAUACAAUCCAGUUCAUCAGAAGACAGUGAAUGCCAAGAAAGGACCAGUAAAAAAGAUUGUAAAAUCAAACCACCUUCCAAAACUCAAUCCAUAAUUCCGGAACUGGGUGGAUUUCUAUUACUUCCUUCUUUUUUUCCAUCUGUACUAUUCAACUGGUGAAGUUAAUGUUCGAUACAUUUUUCAGGAAUGAAUAGAUAAGAAAGAGCUUCCAAACUUCUCUUUAGCUCUUCUUCCAGAAGUUUA